AUGUCAACCAAAAAUCUUCUCGGACAUCUCUUGAUGAUGAUUAUCUUUUCAUCAUCUUUACUCAUUAGUCAAUUCCAUAACAACAACCAUUGCGGACUUGUUUCAGCCGCUUCGAUAUCCAAACAACAACAACAAGUCUUGUCUCCGAAAACAACAUCUUUCUUUCAUAACUCUCUUCAAAACAUGAAAUCAUUCAUUUUCAAACCAAUUAUUUCUUCUCAUGAACAAGUAGCUGUCAUCAUGUCAACAACAAUUGACAUUUUCAAUAGUUUGGAUGACAGCAACUCGACCCAUACGAAAACAAUUUCAAAAGAUAUUCGACUUCAACAACUGGAUCCAUAUCCAUUGAGUGGUAUUUCUCUUGGAAUUUCAGUUCUCUUUGGAUUGUUCUUUUUGGGUGUAUUGUUGUUUCUUAUAGUGUUCAUGAUGAGGACACAAGUGAGAAACAAGAUGAUGAAAAAUCAAAAAAUCAUGUUGAGUUUGGUGAUGGUUUUGAUGAUAUUUGAAUGUUUGGGAUUGUUGGUGAGAAUUAUUUACGACUGUAUUAGUAUUCACACAGUUUCCAAAAUUGUCAGUCAUGUGGAAGUGACAUUUGGCGUUGAACAAGCACAAAUUGCAACGCAAAGCAUGAAUAGUACAGUGAGUGCUUUUGAUGCUGGCAUUCCCGAUGCAAACAUCAUUAUCAUGUAUUUGAUGGGUAGUUUUGAAGUUCUUACUAUUAUUGGAAAUUUAUGCACAAUUUCCAUAAUUAUGACCUUCGUGUCGUUUGUGUUUUUAAAAACUGUGAAACUUGCUGGAGGCUCUGCUUUCACACCCAAGCAAUAUCAACUAUUACUUUGGAUUGUGAAUGGAGGAGGAACGUUUUUUGCAUCAUUGAUUGCAACAUGUGUCGUGUUGGUCUCGAUGGCAUAUUUUGUGUUCAAAAUUCGAGUGAUUUAUGAUUUUCAAUUACCAAUCUUUAUUGUGGCUUAUUUAAUUUAUGUCAUUCAAUUAUUAUUUCAACUCGUUUCUUUUAAUAUUGUAUCCAUUAGUGUGUUGAAAAUUAUCAAACAACGAUCGAGUCAACUCAACAGAAAAAAGUCACAAACUCCUCUUCUCAAAGUCAUUGCUCUCCAAACAGGUUUAACACUUUGUGCGUUCAUUCAAGUCGUUGCCAUGGGUUGCAGUGCUGUCAUGACCGAAUGGGUCUAUAUGAAAUUAUUUUAUUAUUUUUUAAAUUGUUUAGGAAUUUUAUUAUUUACAACCUUAAUUCUUCCGUUAUAUCAUCCGUUGUUUAUGGAUACGGCCAAAGAAUUGAAACAAUUGAAUACGAAUAAUAAUGAACAACAAAAUUCCCAAUCAACCACUCGUGAACAAGAGUCCUCUGAGAUGCACUUGUCUCCUAAUGGAUCGAAACGAAAGAGUCUUUCAGUUGUAGAAUUGCAAAGCGUUUAG